CGUUUCGCUGGAGGAGGUCCAGCUCGCAGACACCCGAGCAAGGUGAUCCAACCGCAGUGGCCCGAUUAAGGGCUUUGCCGAAGGAGGACGGCCACCUCCAUCCAUGUCCUCUAAGCGCUCCAUGUGCGGCGCUAACAGCUGCAUUCAUGAGUGGCAUCGCCGGUGCGCCCUCACCACCUCCUGGCGUGGUUGGCGUGGCCAUCGGCGGAGCCUGCUACCAGAGAUCCGCCGCUCCGGUUCGGAGGAGUGAGAAGAAAACACCGCUGAGGCUGCCGUCGCUUGGAGUGCCUGCCGGAGCGGUCGCUAGCGGGCGUGGCGUCAACGAGUCAAGACUCAGCCUUAGCGAGCCAUCCCUGCACCACACAAAAGACGGCACCUCAUUUGAAGCCUGCUGCUGUGUCCGCCCCGCACCAUCUUGCAAGUCUCUCUCCAAGGUCCACUCACCACCAACAAGCAGUCACACUCAAACUUUCCAGCCCACCUACAUCCAAUUGUCCCAUUCCGUCCGGCUCAACUCCAAACCUCGACCCGCCAGGCCCCCCUCGCACACGUCGGCCACCGCCGGAGACCUUCUGGGACCCCUCGGCCCUCUGGCCAUGCACGUCCACAAGCCAGAGCCGCUGUCCGUCAUUGGGAAACCAUGUGUUUUGAAUUUCAACCAGCGCCCCGUCACGGGUUUCAUGCGCCCUCAGCUCCAUGUGUUCCUACCCACGGAGGCCGUGGAGGAAACGGACAACAAAUCUCUGGAUGAAAGCUUCAUGGAUGCUAAAAUGGCUUCACUGAGGCUUAGGAAGCAAGACUGCAAUCGACUGGUUGCGGCGCCAUCAUAUGUAGCCAAAAGCGUCUAACGGAGGCCUCUUCAACCAGUAAUUUUACCGUCU